AGCAACACGGACGGUCUCCACGAGCUGGCGUACGGCGGCCUCAUCUACUGCCUGGGCGUCUUCUUCUUCAAGAGCGACGGCGUCAUCCCCUUCGCCCACGCCAUCUGGCACGUGUUCGUGGCGCUGGCUGCCGCCGUGCACUACUACGCCAUCUGGAAAUACCUGUACAAGACCCCCAGCGCCGAGUCCCUCCUGCACUCACUGUGACCCCGCCCCCAGGAAGCGCCGAGGCUUCCCUCAGCCGACCAACCCCGACGUUUACCAAAACAAGGAGUUGGUUUGUUUACUGGUUUCUGAUCCUGUGGAGAGCAGAACGGCUGAAAUCACGAGCUUUAAACCGCCGCAGCACAUUUCUGAGGAUUUGGGAAACUUUUUGUUCUCACUUGAAUCGAGUCACAUUCCACUUGAAAUGAUGGACCUGUCGUAACGAGGUGCUAAACAUCACCGUUUGUUCAAAGAAAAAAACUUUUUCUUUCAUUUAAAAGAAGAAACUGCACAAGACCUGUGCCAAAGUGAAAAAAAAAGGAAUAAAUCAGAUGAAUUCAGCUGCAUUUUUGAUGCCAGUUUUUGAAACUUUUUACCAAAAAAAAAACCUAAAUGUUUGGAUUAAAA